UGACAGGUGCUAAAAUUUAGCGAGCUCGAGGUGUAUCCAAACGGCCCCUUAGUGGAAUGCCUUGAGGGAUUUAGUUGUUCACUUUAUAUGAACAGCACUCUAGCUUCCCCCCCAAGGUCAGCCCUGAAGGUAAUAGUGGUUAGUCUUGCCUUUGAGUUAAGUGUAUUCGUGAACAGCUUGCUGAAUUCUCUCUGUUCAGUUCAGUGGCUGAAGACAUGAUUUGGCUCGGUGUUCCCACUAAAAUUACAUGUAAUGUGUCAUUUACAGAAGUUUUCUUUUUAGUUCCCAUUAACUCUUUGCAAGAAAACAGUAUCAACUACAAGUACAGCAUGUGAUUGAGGAAUAUAUAUCACAGAGAAGAGCAUGCAGGAAACACUUCAUUAGUUUGAAGCAUGAAGGAAAAAAAUUUCACUCGGUAGUUUGUCAGUUUGAAGCAUCUUUCUUUGUUUCAUCUGUGACGGCAAAAAUUUUCGCUAGAACUGGCAAAUGUUCCUGACUAUGGAUUUCUAGUAAUAAACCACACAAAAAUGGUUCAUUUUCAGGGAAGAUCCCCAUAGUCAUUCAAAGGAAAAGAGGCUAUUCAGAACCAGAGGUAGGCCAUACAGAACAGAGCAUAUGGAGACACCUGUCGGGCAAUCCGAGCAAAACCUGUUUCCUUGAUAUAAACUCUGACAGUUCAGCCCCACUCGACCCCGACGAAAUCGAACUAUCCAAGUGGGAGGCAUAAAAAACCUUCAACCUUUCGUCCCCAAAUCCGCAGGGUGCGUUGCCUCCUCCUUUGAUCUCUCAAAAAGCCUCAACCUUUUCCGGGUUUCUUGAUUGAUCUUUGUCUUCCUCGCCGCGAUCUUGAUUUGGUUGCUCACGGGAACGCAGGCGGCGUAGGAUGGCCGCCGCCGCCGCCGGAUCACUGCGGCAAGGCGUCUCCGUCCGCGUCGGUGGCGGGGACCGCGAGGAGGCGGUGCCGGACUGGGCGUCGCUGCUCGUCGACCUGACACAGCUCAUCGCGGCGCGGGUGCUCGCCACGGGGGAAUUCGUGGACUACAUCCGCUUCCGCGCGGUCUGCUCCCGCUGGCGCGCCGCCGCCGCCUCCCCGCGCGGCCGCUCCCUGCUGGACCCGCGCUUCCACCCGCGCCGCUGGAUGCUCUUCCCGGAGGGCUUCGGCCGGUUCCCGGGCCACCGCGCGGACGGCGGCCACGCCCGCUUCUUCGACUUCUCCACCCACGGCGCCGGCGCCUUCGUCCGCGUCCCCCUCCUGGAGCUCAAGAACCACCGCGUCCUCGACUCCCCCGACGGCCUCCUCCUCCUGCAGCGCGACGGGGACACCGCCGCCCGCCUCCUCCACCCCUUCACCCACGACGUCGCCGACUUCCCGGACAUCGACUGCCUCCCCCACCAGCUGCACGAACUGGAGUUCGAGCUCACCGUCGACCCCGUGUAUAAUUUCACGAGCUGGCUGCAAAAUACCGCGCGAUACUUGUAUCAAGCCCGCAAGCUUUGUGCUGCCGUCAAUGUCACGGCCACGGGGGCCGUCACGGUGAUGCUAGCGCUUCAUAGCAUCGGGCGUGUGGCAUUCGCCUUGUCUGGUGAUAAUGGUUGGACUAUCAGCAGCUGGAAGAUGAACCAACUGGACAGGGCCCUGUCGUACAAGGUGAAUUGGGAAGAUGGGCUAACACAUGUCUUGUUGAUUGAUCCACCGUCACCGGUGGUACAGUGCGAGGGUGAGGAAUCGUCCGUGCCAGAGCUGCAUCCUCCAAAGACAAUUGCGACAUGUUCAAGCGAUGAAAUCCACCAGCCUUCUUUGGUUGAAUUGGAUUCAGAGAUCAUGCUUGUCGGCUACAAUGACAGCUCCUUUUCGCGCAUAGUGGUUCUUAAGCUUGCUGAUCUUGUGUUGGGUAGGACUGUGCCUGUGACGAGCAUCGGUGAUCAUUGUCCUCUUUGUUGGUGCCCGAAGCCUGUGCGUCUCAUCCUGUUGGCUGCCUUCCAUCGGUGAGAAUUCUGUUGUGCGCUUCCAUGCUGGAGAGGACUAUCUUGCGCAAUACCAUCUCAGCAGUGGCACUUGGUCAGUAGCCAGCGAUGGGCACCUCAUGCUGAGCCCCCCGCAACGUCCAUGUGGCCUCAUACAUCACGGGCGUAGUGAUGGCUGCACAGCUGCAGCGCUGCUGCUGCUGCAGCCCGCGUUCAUCACAGCGAGUGGCUGACGCGCUGGGCUGGGCUGCUGCUGUACAGCCAGCACUACACCGAACAGGCUGGAUCUUGACCUGUUGCUAUCGGCAAUUCUGAAGAAGCGUAGUUCGAGGAAUGCAAAGAAGAGGAAGACUGAAGACUCUGAGCAGUAGCAAGGUUUUGAGGAAGGCA